AUAAAAGAAAGUUUCAAGAAGAUUUUUUUUUUUUAAUAUUUGUUUUUCCAAUAGAUAAUUUAGGCAAGUAUAUGGUGAAUCAGUCUAAGAACAACUUCAACAUGAAGACCAAGUAUGGAGCAGCAGUUGCACCUGUCUUCCUCCUUGCUGGUGCAUAUGUCGCUUGGAACUACAUAAAUCAUGGUUUGUGGAGAAAGAAAGACGAUAAAAAUAGUCGCCGGGAUAUCAGAAAACGCGUUUCAGAACAAAGAAGAGAUGGUAAUGCUAAAAGCAUGGGUAAGGAGGCUUCUUCAGGAAGAGAUGAAAGAAGCCUCUCAAAAUCUGUUUCAAUGGGAGCUAUUCGAGGAGGAAAAUUAGCACUACAGAGAUUGCUUGAUUUGCACUCAUACCGCGUUGAUACUUCUUCCCUUGCGAAUGCUGAGAUAGAAUUUGAAGCAUUGCUUUCCAAGGAAAACCCGGACUUUGGGUUGCUUCAGAGAGACAUUGUGAAAAUGGAAAUGAGUGGAAAAGAAGCAAAAGGAGUGGAGCUAUUGAAGAAAGCACUGGAGAAAGCAAGAAAAGAAGGGAAAGGUCAUGAGGCUUAUGAGAUUGAGAUGUUGCUUGUGGAGAUGUUGAUCUACUUGACUAUAAUCCAUUACCUUCGAGGUGAUCCUAUGAAGCAAGUCAAGGAGACAUUCAACAAGUUCAGGGAGAUUCAAAUUGGUCUACAAUGGCCUGGAAGCUCAGAAGAAUGUCCUCGUGGAAGAGGAAGAGUGGUCGGAGUGCCAAAGAGCUGCUGGUGCGGGGAAGGAAUCGUUGCACUAAUGUCUAAAUCUGAUCCGAAUCCUUACCGGAGAUACUUUCGUUGCGGUUUUGCUGCAAAACAUAGGCUAAGGAACGAUGAUCACACUUUCAAAUGGAUUGAUGAAGCUUUGCUCAAUGAGUUAGAGACAUUGAAAGCAAAGAAUUCUGAACUUGAGCUGGAGUUGAAAGAGCUUAGAACAGAGAGGUUGGAGUUUGCUAAGAUGCUUUCGGAGAAUGGCCAAAUGAAGAUAGAGACGGAGUUAUUUGAGAAGGUGGAAGAUGCUUUGUCUGAAGCCAAAUCAAGCAAUAAGAAGAUGAUGAUUAUCGUAGUGUUAGGGUGUAUGAUUAUGCUUGGAUUGACCAAACUUGUAGGAUGAAUGUGGAUCCGAUGAAUGCUUUA